GCCGAGAGGCGUCUCAAGCGACGUUGUAGCGUUCGCUGAGAGACCUCACGUUGAUCUAUUAGCUUCCGACAGCAAAAAAUGUAGCGAAGGGUUUCCUGCAUUUUAGGAGGAACCGCGCCGUUGCAACAGUAUCUGGAAGUUUUUAUCAACACAAGACGGUGUCACAAACAGCAGGUCAAAAGAGCCGAGUGAAAUGGCAGAGCUGGGCCCUUUGAGGAAGGACGAAGACGGAAAUGCCCCGGACAGAAAUGUCAUGGACAGUCUGCUGGAAGCGGUGGGCACGCGCGGCCGCUUCCAGCAGCGCUUCAACUGGACAUUCAACCUGCUGGUGAUGACGUUCGCCGCCAUGCCGUACGUCAACUUCGUCAUCGCGCUCACCGUGCCCGACCACUGGUGCCACGUGCCCGGCAGGGAGUCCACCAACUACACGCAGCAGCAGUGGAAGGCCUUGCACAUACCCAGGAAGGAAGACAACGCGUCUUUCGAGAAGUGCCUGAUGUUCAACUCGAGCAGCGACGAGCCCAUUCCUUGCCAGCACGGCUGGGACUACGACCGCACGUGGUUCUCGCGGACGGCGCCCUCGCAGGAGGACUGGGUGUGCGAGGACGAACUCAAGGUGGUCAACGUCUUCUCCUUUGGACAGCUGGGCGAAGUUGUUGGAACGCUCGCCUUCGCACAUAUCGGAGAUAUGUGGGGCCGGCGCACGGCGUUCUUCCUGUCGGCGCUGACGUCAUCGGCGACGCACUGCCUGAUGGUGGCCACGGCGCACUCGUACCCGCUCUUCGUGGCCGUCUCCACGCUAGCCAGCGCCACCAACGCAGCCUCCUUCCAGGCGCCGCUCACCUUCAGCAUGGAGGUGUGCGACGAGGAGACUAAGGGCCGCGUGAUGAUGAUGCAGUGCCUGGCGUGGACGCUGGGCAUGCUGGUCAUGCCCAUGGUGGCGUGGCUCUGCCGCGACUGGGUGCCCUUCAUGCUCGCCACCUCCAUACCACUCGGGCUCGCCGUCUUCCUGCACAGGCUGUUCCCGGAAUCGCCGCGCUGGCUGGCCAGCCGUGGCGACCACGAGCGCUGCCUGGAGUCGUUGCGGGAGAUCGCCCGCGUCAAUGGCACGGCGGUGCCGCCCGGGGCGCUCCAGCAGCUGCGCCACUCCAGCGUCGGCCGCGAGAAGUCUCUCGGCGUCGCCAGCCUCUUUUCCAGUUGGAGGCUCAUCCUCAACACGCUGCUCAUAUCCACCUGCAGGAUGGUGUUCGAGCUGGCAUACUACAGCCUGCUACUAAAUGUGACUAACUUGGAGGGUAACCCAUUCAUGAAUUUCGCAUGGCAGUCACUGGCAGAGUUCCCUGGAUAUGUAGCAGGUCGUUGGGUGGCUGACCACAUGGGUCGUCGCUGGUCACAGGUGGGCGUCUCAGUUAUUGCUGCCUUUGCCCUCUUCAUUGCUGCUGCAUUUGCUGCAGUGCCUGAACUGUCAUGGAUAUGCUCAGGUGUGACCAUGUUUGCACGAUUGUGCCUCAUAGUGCAGAGCUAUGUGAGCUAUCUGCAGGCCAUGGAGGCAUUCCCCACAUGUGUGCGACAGACGGGCACUGCUGUUGGCAAUGUAGCAGCAGGUGCCCUUGUCGUUGUUGGACCAUACAUAGUGUACCUGGGAAAGACAGACCCAUGGCUGCCAUUUGCGGUACUGGGUGCAGUGACACUGGCAGGGGCUCUACUGGCAUCCUUCAUCCCUGAGACACUGCAUGUACGUCAACCUGAGACACUGCAGGAAGCUCAAGUCUUUGGGUCUGACCAGCCAUACUUCAGCUGUAUAGGCAUGAAGCGCAGGUGCCACGCUUCUGGAUAAUCAUUAUCAACCGUGCAGUGGGCUCUCAAUGGAAUCUCACAACAUUUUUUCAUAUUUAUUCUUACCUCUCAUGAGCAAACUUGUUAUAGGACUAAAAAACUUACUGCUAGAAUGAGAGAAAAUAGCUAUUUCAGCAAAACCUAUAUCCCCCCAUCCUCACAAGGAAUAGAUCUAAAGAAAAGGAAGGAAGAUUUAGAGUUCAGUAUCUUGUUGACAAAGUAGAAAUGCAGCACAGUUACUGAACAACAAUGGAAAACAUGUUAAAAAUGUGCUACUGGUUAACACCAACAUCCUUAGGGCUAACAGGAUUGACAAGAGGAAACAAAUUCAAAUUUUUCUUUGAAAGUUAUACCUUGCUCAAUACAUACUAAGACCAAAUCUUCUGAAAAUCCAAUUUUUUGGAAACACUAUUCAACUCAAAAUGUUUGAGCAUGAGUUUAUUAUACUUGUUUGAUCACAUUUGGAUUUCUGCUUGUUAACAGCUAACCCAAUUGGGGCUUGCUCAGUUUUUUCAUUCCUGCCAUAAAAAAGUCUAACCACAUUUACUCUUAUGGCUUACAUCCUGUACAAACAUUUGUGAGCUGUCAAUAUUUUUCCCAAUUUUUAGCAGAAUCUAAUAUUUCCUGAAGCCUCACUGUAUCAUGAUGAGAAAGAUCUCUCUUGAUAGCUAUGUGCAUUCACAGACGCUUGGAACCUAUUGCUGUUGAGAUAUUAAAUUAUUUGUAUUUUUGCUGAUGCAUCUUAUAGUUUCUGAACAACACUAUGUGGGCUUUUAACAUGCAGCAACAGAUUACUCAUGAAUUAAUAAUCAAUUAAAUUAGAGGUGACCUCUAUCGAAAGUUUAGUUCGAACACCACAAUGCAUCAUUAUUAGGCAUAGCCUCCUCAUAUCUUCCAACAAACUUACCCAGUCAGUUGUAAUGGGGCCUACAGUUAAACAUGCACUACAAACUGCAGUACAAAUUGGCAUUUUCACAUCUACAUACCACUGCCAGAGGUGAAAGAAGCAGCAAGUGACAGAGCAAAUCCUAAGAUCUACUGAAGUUUAAAAACCAAACUUUUAGAUUUGUGAUCUGACACUUCACUACUUAGUUCCACUAAUAAAAAUAUGUGACAUAAGAAGUGCACCUACCUACUAGCUGGAAAUAAAAGAAGAAAAAGAAGAAGAAGAAGAAGAAGAGUACAGUUAGACAACUGACAGAUACAACAGGUUAACACAAACUUUUAUUUUCAGUUUAUGGAACUUUCUCAAAAAUUGUUCUGUGCAGAAAUACAGCAACCAAGAAAAAAUGUGUAGCAGUUGUAAGGGAAGAACACUCGGAAAACAGUGUGAAUGAAGGUUUGUAGAGCUAUAAUCCUAACUUAAAUCAGAGGUGGCUAACUGAUGGGGCAGCAAAUUGAAUGUGAACAGGAAUAGAAAUACAAAUAGGUGACACACAUUAGCAGUUGCCAAUUGGACCGAUGAAUUUAUUAUUGGGAAAACUCCUGGCACCAGCUGGAUGACUACUGCUCAUCCAGCCAGCACCAUGUAGAGGCAUAAGUUGUUUAUGUAUGGGUGUCCUCUAUCUCGAAAAAAGAUUACUCUGAAAGCCAACAAGUUUUCUUCCUUUUUACUGCGCACCUGUUGACAUUCAACACUUCUGCUUUUUGAUGAAUGGUCUCCUUUGCUUCGAGUACUCACAAUCUUAUAUGAUAUGGCAGA